AUGCGUAUACAAAAUGUGCAUGCUACCAUCCUUCCUCCAGGAGGCGUAGAGCCAGAGGAAGAUGACUCGGCGAAGAAUGCAGAGGCAUUUGCUGAAUUGAUCCAGUGUUUAGAUGACCAAAGUUUAUCCUUAGUACUAAAUGAGGCUCCAGAUAAUGGUAGGAAAGCACUCCAGAUACUAAGAGGACAUUACCUGGGUACCGGUAAGCCACGCAUCUUGGCAUUAUAUACUGAACUUACAUCUCUAAAGAUGUCCCCUAGUGAAACUGUAACUGACUAUGUUCUCCGUGCAGAGACAGCCGCCCAAUCCCUCAAACAUGCCCAAGAGACUGUUAGUGACUCUCUCCUAAUAGCUAUGGUGCUGAAGGGUCUCCCACCAGAGUACAAAACGUUCUCUACAAUUAUCGUGCAACGUGAAUCAGCGAUGAUCUUCAGUGACUUUAAGAAAGCCCUCAGGAGCCACGAGGAGACUGAAAAGGCUUCAAAAUCCUCCCUCACUCACCACAGUGAGGACAGUGUAAUGCACAUGGCCAACAAAGGUUCAUCGAUCGUCUGCUAUGCUUGUUGCAAACCUGACCACAAAUCUCCAGAGUGUAAAAGCAGCAAAUCGCAGAAACCCAAAGGGCAGGGUCGCAGUCGUUGGUGCGAAAACUGUAAGAAGAAAUCGCACAACACGAGUGAGUGCCGCAGUAAGAAGAUUCGACAGGACAGCGCCAAAACAGCAGCGACAUCUAGUGGUGAAAAUGAACAGAAACAUUCUUUUGUUUUUAAAGUUGGUGUUGAUCUAGACUCAGCUAACAGUGUUCAAAUAAGUGAAAAUGCAUUGUUAGUCGAUACAGGUGCUACGUCACACAUUUUCAAAGAUAAGUCAAAGUUUAUAGAUCUUGACGAGAGUGUCAAACCAGAAAAUCACCUCAUUGAGCUUGCCGAUGGUAGCCGGACAAGCGGUAUAGUUAGAGGUAAAGGUGUUGCUAGUACAACUAUACAUGAUUCUGAUGGUAAAUCUCAUGAUAUAAUACUAGAAAAUGUAUUGUAUAUUCCGUCUUACAACAGAACAUAUUUCAGUAGGGUUAGCCAACAAGAAAGGUGCUUCUGUAAAUUUUGGGCCGGACUCAUCAGAGAUGCAUGCACCAGAUGGGACCAAAUUUCCUAUCUCUAA